AUGGCCUUUUUACCAGCACUGCACGCGCUCCACCUGCCACCGCCGCCACCGCCGACGUCGUCGCGCGCCCGCAUGGACAUCCGCGCGCUCAUCUCGCCCGAGCCGCGGUACCUCGUCAAGAAGCCACUGCCGAAGGACAAGGACACGCGCAGCAAGGCGCGCCCGGGCUUCCGAAAAGGCAAGUGGACCGACGAAGAGAGCGUGUACGCCGAGCGCAUGACGCACUACUUCAAGGAGGGCUUGUUGCCGCUCGAGAAGGGCACGAUGCUGCGCAUGUACCUCGCGGACAAGCUCAACUGCGAGCCCAUGCGCAUCACGAAAAAGUUUACUGGCGACGAGUGCAUCGGGAAGCAGAUCUUUCGCCCGCUGCCGCCGACGCCGCUCGUGAACGCACGCAUGCAGUCGGUGCAGACCGAGCUCAAGGCGCUCGAGACUGCGUUCUUGCAUCGCAUCGAAGAGAUGCCCAUGUACUGCAUGUCGACGAAGGACAAGGCAACGGCGUCGAACGAGCUCAAGCUCAUCAAGCGCGGCAAGCUCCGCCCGCGCAAGGCCAUGACGACGAACGCGGCGUCGGAGAAGGCCAAGAAGCCGCUGAGCCCGCCGGAAGACGCACAGGCUGCGUGCCUCCUCCUCGGCUUCUUCCAUGGCGCGGGCUCUUCCGAGAACGAAGACACGGCCUCGGUCGCCUCGCCGAUCGCGGCCGGGAAUCCGUUCUUGCCCGUGGCGCAAGACGGCCGCAUCUCGCCGUCUGGGAAAGGCGCACGGUCGGACGACGACGUCGCGCCACCCACCGUGCGCCCGCGCUCGACGCGCAAGUUUUCCAUUUCCCACUGCGCCGACGAGUGCGACGACGACAUGGUCCUUGAGAUGAAGCGGCCGCGCAUCGGGUCCAUUAGCUCGCUCUGCUCCUAA